AUGUCCUCACCGAACACGAUUGUGGCGUGGAAGGCGCCGGUUGCUGGCGGCGCCGUGGUGGACGUGCUGCAGAGCUCCUUCAACCUGCUGCAGUAUCUCUCGACGGAGGAGAACUCAAACGAUGGCCGGCGGCCGCCCAGCUCCCAUCGCAAGCUGCUCGUCUUUUUCCCCGGCAACCCAGGAAUUGUGCAGUUUUACGAGCCGCUGUGCGCGUUUCUCGAGACGAACAAGUUCGACGUUCUCGUGAUGGGCUACGCGGGCCACAGUCUCACCGAGCUCAAUGAAGGCCGCGUCUUCUCGCUGGCGGAUCAGGUUGACAUUGCCGAAAGCUUUAUGGCCACCCUCAUGGAUGAAAACGCAGAGCGCAAGUACCAUGGAAACAUCUACGCUGCCGGGCACAGCAUCGGCGGCUUCGUGGCGCUGCAAAUGGUGGCGCGGUACUCAGUCAUAAAGAAAUGCUUUGGACUGUGCCCCGUCAUGUCACACAUGCGUGACUCCCCCAACGGGCACCGUCUCUCCUUUCUUAGCAGCACGUUGGCACAGUGGUGUCUUGCCAUGGUUGCCGCGCUGCUGGGGCUGCUGCCGUACAAACUGCGGCUUCUCCUCAUUACCGCGUCGGAGCCAACGCUCUCUCUCGCCCUUGCCGACACCCUUGCACACCACUUUCACCGCUGGUGCCUGACGAACUCGCUGUACAUGGCGAUGACAGAAUUUCGUAUGCUGCUGCAACCCGACGCAGCGCUCCUGUUCCAUGUGCAGGAGCGCCUCAUCCUCUACUACGUCAAGAAAGACGGCUGGGCGCCUCUGUCGUUCACUGAGGAAAUCAGAGGUGUUUGCCCGCGGCUCAGUGCCUGUGUGAUCGAGGAAGAUGCAGCAGUACCUCAUGCGUGGUGCCUCAACCACAGCGAGACGGUUGCGCGCAACGCCAUUCUGAAGCACUGCUAA